GGCCUCAUCAUCAGCGCCGUAGCCUGCGGCCACCACCUGCACACCCCCAUGUUCUUCUUCCUGCUCAACCUGGCCCUCACUGACCUGGGCUGCAUCUACACCACUGUCCCCAAAGCCAUGCACAAUUCCCUCUGGGACAUCGGGAACAUCUCCUAUGCUGGAUGUGCUGCACAGGUCUUUCUCUUUAUGUUCUUCAUUUCAGUGGCAUGCUAUAUUCUGACCAUCAUGUGCUACGACCGCUACGUGUCCAUCUGCAAACCCCUGCACUACGGGACCCUCCUGGGCAGCAGAGCUUGUGCCCACAUGGCAGCAGCUGCCUGGGCCAGUGGCUUUCUCAAUGCUCUGCUGCACACAGCCAAUACAUUUUCCCUGUCCCUGUGCCAUGGCAAUGCCCUGGGCCAGUUCUUCUGUGAAAUCCCACACAUCCUCAAGCUCUCCUGCUCAAAAUCCUACCUCAGAGAACUUGGGCUUCUUGUGAUUACUGGCAGUUUAUCAGUGUGCUGUUUUGUGUUCACUGUUUUCUCCUAUGUGCAGAUCUUCAGGGCUGUGCUGAGGAUCCCCUCUGAGCAGGGAUGGCACAAAGCCUUUUCCACCUGCCUCCCUCACCUGGCUGUGCUCUCCCUAUUCAUCAGCACUGCCUCAUUUUCUCACCUAAGGGCCCUCUCCAUCUCCUCCUCAUCUCUGGAUUAGGCACUCUCAAGUCUAUACUUGAUGGUGCCUCAAGCCCUGAACCCGCUCAUCUACAGCCUGAGGAACCAGUAGCUUAAGGUUGCAAUGUGGAUACUGAUGACUGGAUGGUUUAAGAAACAGUAAACCUGUUGCCAAUUUCUGCAAGCCACUUGUAAUAUGAGUCAUCUUUUGUAGUUCUUAGUUUUUGAUUGUGAGGAGUUUUUACCUUUGUUUUAGUCUAAUAAUCUUGUUCACAAAAUAAGGCCAUUGUUUGUGACAUUUUUUUAUCUCUCCACCAUUGCUGUGGCCCCAGACUCUGUCAAUGAGUGGCUGCGUUCUCUGUGGCUUUCAAUGAACUAAAUGAUCUCCAAACAAUGUUUUCAAUGGCGAUCCCCUUUCUCUGGAGCUCCCUUCUGCUCC